GGAACGAAACUAGAAAAAAGAAAAUUUAUGAUAUAUAACUGUAUACGAAGAAAAGAUUUGACAUUUCGUGGUUACGAACAUUAGUAAGCUUCUUUAUAAUCAAAAAAUUAAAAAAACGGGCAUGGAAAAUACCUCGAAUAAGGAAGAACAGAAUAAUCAGAAUGAUUCAGACUCUGAAAUAGACGAGGUAGAACCUAGACUCAAAUACGUCAGAGUACGAAACGAUUUAGAACAUAUAUUACAAAAUGAUGCAGCUAGUUGCAUUGCAGUGCAUCCUAAGUUCCUAUGUCUGGGUUCACACUGGGGUAUGAUACAUCUUUUAGAUCAUCAAGGAAAUAAUAUACAGUCUAAAAGUUUACAAGCACAUACAGUUGCUGUCAAUCAGAUUUCUAUAGAUCAUAAUGGAGAUUUCAUUGCAUCCUGUAGUGAUGAUGGAAAAGUUUUUAUAUAUGGUCUUUAUAGCACAGAGAAUAAUCAUAACAUAAGCAUGGGUCGAUUAGUUAAAAGUAUAGCUAUAGAUCCAAAUUAUUAUAAAAGUUGUAGCGGAAGAAGAUUUAUUACAGGGGAUGAUAAAUUGGUUUUGUAUGAAAAAACAUUUUUAUCCAGAAUGAAACUAACUGUAUUGUGCGAUGCGGAAGGAGGAGUAAGAUCAAUUGCAUGGAUUGGACAUUUUGUGGCUUGGGCAUCUGAUACUGGUGUCAGAAUCUAUGAUUUAAAUGCCAAAUGUUCAUUAGGUCUCAUUAAGUGGAUCAGAUCUACUGAUGCAUUACCAGAACACUACAGAUGUAAUCUUCGAUGGUCAGAUGAUAGAACAUUAUUAAUUGGUUGGGUUGACAUAGUGCGAAUUUGUCAAAUUAGAAAGAGGUCGAUACAGGAAAUGGUUAACAGAGACUUACCGGAAUUUGUAGUAGAUCCAGUUUCAACUUUCCAAGUGGACUUUUACAUUUCCGGUAUUGCACCUUUAGAAAAUCAGUUAGUAUUACUAGGUUGCUUGAAAGAAUUGGAUGAAGAUGGAAAGAGUCAGAGGCCCACAUUACAUGUUGUUGAACCAAAGCAUCAUGAUUUUACUCUUGUGUGUGCAAAUUCGCUUACACUUCGUGGUUAUAAAGAAUACAGUUGUAAUGAUUAUCAUUUAGACUGUUUGAAAGAGGAAAACAGGUUUUUUAUUGUCAGUCCAAAAGAUAUUGUUGUAGCUAGUUUAUAUGAUGCGGAUGACAGAAUUGAGUGGCUAUUAAGUCAUGGAAAAUUCGAACAAGCAUUAGAGGCAGUAACAUUAGAUAAUGGCAAAGAUUGUAAGAAAUACACUUUUGUUUAUGUUGGCCGUAUAUACUUAGAUCAUUUGUUAUCUUGUGGAAAAUAUGAUGAAGCAGGAAAACUCUGCUCUAAAAUAUUAGGAAAGGAUAAAAAAUUAUGGGAGGAAGAAGUAUAUAAAUUUGCAAGAGUUCACCAACUAAGGUCUAUUUCUUCUUAUCUCCCAAGAGGCGAUGUCACAUUAGAUCCAUUGAUUUACGAAAUGGUUCUUUACGAAUAUUUGAAAAUGGAUCCUGAUGGAUUCCUUCAACUAGUCAAAGAAUGGUCUCCUAAAUUAUAUAAAGUUGCAGCUGUUGUAAAUGGUGUUUUGGAACAUCUUAUCGUUGAUAAUCAACGACAAAAUGUACUGUUAGAAGCUUUAGCUAUUCUAUAUAUUCAUGAUGAAAAAUACGACAAAGCAUUAGCCAUGUAUUUAAAAUUGAGACAUAAGGAUGUAUUUCAGCUUAUUAAAAAAUAUCAUCUGUAUAAUACCGUUUACGACAUGAUAGAAGGUUUAAUGGAUUUAGAUGCGGAACGUGCUAUACAAUUUUUUUUAGAAAAGGAUGCAGUACCAUCUGAUAUUGUUGUACAAAAAUUGCAGCAUAAUCAUCGAUAUUUAUACUUGUAUUUAGAUGAAUUAAAUAAAAAAGAUACAGAAGAUAAAUAUCAUGGAUUGUUAGUCCAGCUUUAUGCUAACUAUUCAAGAGAUAAAUUGUUACCUCUUCUACGUCGUUCUAAUAAUUAUCCAAUACAACAAGCACUAGAUAUCUGUAGUCAGCGAAAAUUUUAUCCAGAAAUGGUAUAUCUACUUGGUAGAAUUGGAAACACUUCUGAAGCUUUAGCACUUAUGACUCGAGAAUUAAACGAUAUGCAGAGUGCGAUCGCAUUUUGCCAGGAACACGAUGACGAGGAACUGUGGAAUGAUUUGAUUAUUUAUUCUCUGGAUAAGCCCAAGGCUAUUACAUUUUUGUUGCAAAAAAUAGGCACAUAUGUCGAUCCUAGACUUAUGGUACAAAGAAUGGAACCGUCUUUAGAAAUUCCUGGUUUAAAGAAAGCUUUAGUUAAGAUGAUGUGUGACUACAAUCUCCAAGUGUCAGUACAAGAGGGAUGUAGAAAAAUGUUAUCCAAUGAUUAUUUCAAUUUACAUGAAAGGCUAGUUAAAUGUUAUCAAAAAGGGAUAUUUAUAGAUGAUGACCAAAUGUGUGGAGCUUGCCAUAGGAAAAUAAUUGUAAGAGAACCAAGGAAUCUAGUUGUAUUUUAUUGUAAACAUUCGUUUCAUGAAGAUUGUCUACCAAAUUUCGAGGUAGUGGAAAAUUGUGUUAUAUGUAACUCGCAAAAAGAUAUAUCUCCUAGCAGAAAAUGAUACAGGCAGUGGAAUUUCGACGUUGCUGAACUAAUAAUUUUUGACCCACCGAAAUGACCAUCAAUAGACAUCGAAGAUUGCACAUGCACUAAAAAUUCCCGAGCCUUGGGCCCGAUGGAUUCUACCAGAAUACAAUAACCGCCUAUUGGUUCCGUCUCCUUCAUAGGUUCAUUUUUUAAAGAAAUGAUUAAGGUCUCCCGGAAACAUAAAUCUGCUUGAUUUACAUCGUCUGAAGUACAAAAAGAAAGAAGCAGAGUAUUUAGAACAGCAUAAUAUUUUUUUCAAAAAACAAUUUACUGUUCAGUAGUGAAAACGACAUAGCUUAUAAGUAUCAAAAAAAUUACAUUCCAGGUACAAUUCAUUUCACCAGCAGCGAAUAAAUUUACCAACUUGUACAUUAGAUAUUUUUCUAUAUUAUAUUUUAUUACGUACCGUUUUUUAUGGACGUUUAUAUGUUUUAUUUAUGGAAUAUCUUUAUUCGUUGUUGGAGAAAUUUAGUUAGAGUGAAUUAUUUUAAUAGGAUAUGGGGUGCAAACAUUUUAUUAUUGUGAAAAAUUUUUAACAGAUUCAUCAUUAAUAUUUACUUGUUUUGUUCAAAACUGACCGAUCGCAAAUUCAUAAUUUAUUGUACAUACUAACGUAUAGAUUACGAUUUCAGAAUGAAAUUAUUUUACAAUAAAACGUAGGAAUAUUAUGAUUUAUGCUUUAAUAUGUACAGUAAGAAGUUUGUCAAAUUGUUACGAUAUAUAAUAUAUCUGUAUUUUAUACAACAAGGUGCCAUCAUUGUAUAAAAUAAUUUUGGUGUGUGUUCUGUGGUAUUAAGAGAUUUUAUGACUACACGAUUUAUCCAUAAUAUCACAGUUAUACCUAAGAUAUUUUAUCUAGGUCUCCAUGUAAAUAUUGUGUCUAAGUUGCAGUGUAGAACAAUAAUAAUGUGUAAAGUAUAAUUAAUAUAUAAAUUUUUUACGUCGCUUAA